AUGGAGAGAGAUGGUGGUGGAGAUUCCACCGGAAUAUUCCCAUUAGACGGAGAAAAUGGUGUGAUAAAGGAUGUCGAUGCGGCGGCUCUCUUUGUCCUGAAAUCCCAAGGUUCAUGGUUGCACUGCGGCUACCAUUUGACGACGGCCAUAGUAGGGCCGGCCCUCCUGAGCUUGCCGUAUGCUUUCGCCUUUUUGGGAUGGAUCGGAGGAAUUAUUUGCCUUACGUUUGCUGCUUUCAUCACAUUCUACUCCUACACUCUCAUGUCCAUUGUUUUGGAGCACUAUGCACAAUUCGGCCAGCGCCAACUGCGUUAUCGAGAUAUGGCUCAUCAUAUUUUAGGGCCUGGAUGGGGCCGUUACUUGGUGGGCCCACUACAAUUGGUGGUCUGUUAUGGUGCCGUCAUUGCCACUAUACUUCUUGGUGGGCAGCUCCUCAAGUUUAUAUAUGUAAUAUCAAGAGCAGAAGGGAGCAUGCAGCUGUACCAAUUCAUAGUCAUGUAUGGAAGCCUAACCUUAAUCAUGGCACAAAUGCCGUCCUUUCACUCUCUAAGGCACAUCAACCUUCUCUCCUUACUCUUAUGCCUUGCUUAUAGCGCCUUCUCAGCAGCUGCCUCCAUAUAUAUUGGAUUUGAUAAAGAGGGUCAACUGGAAAGAGAUUACAGUAUAAGCAGCGGUGAAGGGCUAAAUCGUAUUUUCGGUGUCUUCAAUGCCAUCUCAAUAAUGGCCACAACAUACGGGAAUUCAAUUGUUCCUGAAAUACAGGCAACCAUAGCACCUCCAGUGAGGGGCAAAAUGUUGAAAGGGUUGUUGUUGUGCUACUCUGUGGUGGUCUCCACGUAUUUCAGUGUAGCCAUUUCUGGGUAUUGGGCCUUUGGAAAUGAGGCUAAGGGCCCAAUUCUUUCAAAUUUUAUUGGCGCCGAUGGAUUGCCGUUACUGCCCAAAUCCUUUCUUCUCAUCACCUGUGUCUUCACUCUUGUGCAGUUGAUUGCCGUCACUUUGGUCUACUUGCAGCCAACAAACAUUGUGAUAGAACGGAAAUUUGCAGACCCGAAGAAGGACCAAUUCUCUAUGCGCAAUGCUAUUCCACGACUCGUUUUUCGAUCACUAUCAGUUGUCGUGGCCACAACGUUGGCGGCCAUGCUCCCUUUCUUUGGAGAUAUCAUGGCACUUUUCGGGGCAAUUGGUUGCAUUCCUCUAGAUUUUAUUUUGCCCAUGGUUUUCUACAAUGUCACCUUUAAGCCCUCUACAAAAAGCUUUAGUUUUUGGGUUAACAUGGUUAUUGCAGUAACUUCCACCGUGUUGUGUGCAGUAGGAACAGUUGCAUCGAUUAGGCCAAUCGAUAGGAAACUCCAAUAUCAAAUUCAAAAACUGACGAGGACCACAACAACAGUGGAGAAACAAGGCUCAAACGGGAAGGAAGCAGAUGAAACCCCGGAGGGUGAGGACUCAUUAAAACUUCGCCCGAAUCCUGACUUACUUGUUAGAAAAACAAAUACAACCAUGGAGAAAGGUAGUGGUGUAUAUCAACCCCCGAAAUUCGCACCUUCUUCUAUGGAUGAAGAUAAGAUGUCAAGACAGGAGAGAAUUGCUCGGAGAAGAGAUGAAGAAAUUUUACGACAAGCAAGGAAGAGUGCUUAUGUUAGGGAGCUAAUGAAUGAUCUUGAGGGAAGACCUGAAGAGGUCAGAGAAAAUCUAGGAUCAGACAGUAGAGAAGUGAUGGAUGCCAUUGCAAAGAUGGAAGAUCGUGCCCGUCGAGAAGAGGAACUUUUCUCCCGUGCUCCGCUCACUAAAGUUGAGAAAAAGAAGAUUAUUAAACAUUUAAAGAAAUCAAGAAACGGGUUGCUUGGUCUGACUGAAAGUUUUUAUGAUGAGAUUAAAACUUUGCCGCUGGAGGGUGACACGACGGAGCAACCUACAUCCAACUAUAGCAAUACUACAAGGUUUGGAGAUGAAAAAUUCAAGAAACGGAAGAGAAAACACUAA